CACAGUCUGCGUUGCAUGUGCCAUGUCGCGAAUGGAGCAACUUCUUUUUUAUCAAUUUUCAACCAUUUUCCAUGAUAUCGUAAUUAGCGAAAUGUGUGAAUUUUUUCUUUCAUAAAUCAUCGCGGCUAAAUCUAGCGAUAAAAUGUGCUUUUAGCCUAUUCAGUGAAUCAAAUACAGAGAGCGCAUCGAAAAACUUUCGAAAGAUACAUUUGUUUUCUCGAAUCGAGAGACUCAAUAGGAAGAAUAACGCUACGAGAGGUCAACGCAGUGAUCGGACAUGGCCUGGUUUCCCACAAACGGCUCAAAGCCGCUGGUCGGCGACAAUUACGUGUUGAAUGCUUUGAACUAUAUUAAUGAACUGAACGAGUCUUUCAAUGCUGAACAAUACAAGUGUCUCGAACGUAAACAAGAACAUGAAAACCAGAAGCAGGAACAGCAAGAAUGCGAAGUGAGCUGGGACACCAUACUGUGCUGGCCCCGAACGAUUUCCGGUACCUUGGCUACUAUCCCCUGCUUCGACGAGCUUAACGGAAUACCUUACGAUAAUACUCAAAAUGCCAGUCGCUGGUGUUGGCCGAAUGGGACCUGGGACAAUUACUCCAAUUAUUCUAUGUGUCGCGACGUGCGGUUACCAACCAUCGAGCCCGGUAUAGAAAUCACGACUACACUAUAUUUCAUCGGCUACAGUCUUUCUUUAUUUACUCUAAUAAUGGCGGUCUGCAUAUUCAUCUACUACAAAGAAUUACGGUGUCUCAGGAACAAUAUACAUACGAAUCUAAUGUUUACUUAUAUCCUGGCUGAUUUGACGUGGAUUUUAACUACUAUAAUGCAGGUAUCCAUGCAAACAGAUAUACCGACUUGCGUGAUAUUAUUCUCGCUUCUUCAUUACUUCCAUUUGACAAAUUUUUUCUGGAUGUUCAUCGAAGGUCUAUAUCUGUACUUGUUGGUCGUGAAAACAUUCACUGGUGACAAUAUCAAACUAAGAUUCUGCUUAGUGAUUGGCUGGGGUAUCCCGGUGCUUGUGAUAGCCCUGUGGGGAAUCGCCAAGUCGCUGGAUCAGAAAAUCAUGAACCACAUCAUGAAUCAACCUAACCAGGAAGUGGUACUUUGGAGACAUUGUCCCUGGAUGAUACCGCAUCCGUAUGACUGGUUUUAUCAAGCGUCCGCUGUAAUAGUUCUAGCAGUGAACAUGAUAUUCCUUUUCAUGAUUAUGCAGGUGCUGAUAACGAAGCUUUGGUCUUCUAAUAACGUGGAGACGCAGCAAUAUCGAAAAGCCAGUAAAGCUCUCUUGGUAUUGAUACCACUUCUAGGAGUGACAUAUGUGUUAGUCAUAGCUGGACCUACUGAAGGCCAAGUCGCCAAUGCAUUCUCUUAUGCGCGUGCGAUUCUGCUUUCUUCGCAGGGAUUUUUCGUGGCGUUGUUUUACUGCUUUCUCAAUACUGAAGUACAGAAUACAGUUAUGUAU